AUGCCGCAUCGCCCAGCUCAGCGAUUGACUUCGGUCAGCGAAGUAAGUACUGGGAUAUGUACUUAAGAGUACUAUUUGAUUCAAUUCUCUUUCGUAUCAUUCUGUUAUGGCACUGAUAAGAAUUUAAAAGUUAGAAAGUAUCUUUAAUUUGAAUUUGUGGUGUUUCUUGCACAAUAAUAUGUUGUUUUAGAGUACUGAAGAAUGGAAAUCUUCGACGACGAAAGAAUUGUACAAACUAGUCGAACAAGAGCUUGAACGAUUGUUGGCUACUGCUACUGAUGAGAAAGCCAACGUAAGUUUGUUUAUUGGUAAAAUAAGGACUUGCUUUAAUUAACUUUUAUUUUUUUUAUUGUAUUGAUCUUUGUUACGUUUAAAAGUUAUCAUAAAAAUCAUUUUUCAAGUUUUAUAAAGCUUAACACUCAUAUUUUAGUACUGGCUAUCCGAACUGAAAGGAUUCAAGUCAUUGUUCGCUCGUUAUUUGAGAGGAAAGACAGUAAUCGACUGGAAGAAGAUCCAACCACCAAAGGAGAACACUGUCAUCCCUUACAAUCAACUGCCAGCCAGCGACGAUGUUCGUGAAGUCUUGGACAAGCUUGUUGUAGUAAAGCUGAAUGGUGGUUUGGGAACCUCGAUGGGAUGCAAAGGACCAAAGUCGGUAAUCUCGGUCAGAAACGACCUAACCUUCUUGGAUUUGACUCUUCAACAAAUUCAGGUAAUUUGCUUUUUUUGGAUUUACUCAUAUGUACUUUGACCAAUCUUUGUAAGAAUUUUUGGGGCCAUACUAGAGAAAGCAUCCAACAUAAUAAAGGCACCCACUAAUGGUUUAAAGCACCCAGCAAUCUUUAUUCAAAUUUUAUCAUUAUGAAACGUAGCGCUUUCGAAGAGCGGUGUAGAAGUGUCCAAUUCGUGAAUGGCGAUUGUUGUAGCGAAAACUGAAAAAAAUAUAAUAAGGUGCACGGCUACUGUAACUAGAUAGUUGGCCACUAUAACUAGAUGGUUGGCUACUGUAACUAAGAAAUGGGCUACUAUAACUAGAUAGUUGGUUACUGUAACUAGAUAGUUGGCUACUGUAACUAAAUGGUUAGCUACUGUAACUAGAUAGUUGGCUACUAUAACUAGUUAGUUGGUAGUUGGCUAUUGAAACUAAAUAAUGGGCUACUGUAACUAGAUAGUUGGCCACUAUAAAUAGAUAGUUGGCUACUAUAACUAGUUAGUUGGUAGUUGGCUACUGUAACUAAAUAAUGGGCUACCGUAACUAGAUACUGGCUGCUACAACUAGAUAGUUGGCUACUGUAACUAAAUAGUAGGCAACUAUAACUAAACAAUGGGCUACUGUAACUAAGAUAACAUUAAUACUAUGGUAAAAUCAAACGUAUUCUUUAAAUAAAUACUAAAUUCUUACCUGUUAUCCAUCUGUAUAGCAUAGUAAAAGUCUUCAUAAACUCAAUAGAAGAUGACUUCUUUGAAGUUGGUUGAUCUUGGCCUAGGUUGUCAGGUUGUCGAUGGAUCCAUGAUCACCACGGUCAGAUUCCAUGCUGACCCGACCGUCUCACGCAGCCGAUAAAAUAUGAAUGACCGUUUUAAAAAAAGGAAAAACAACAAAAUGAAAUUGCAAGAUUAUGCAAAAUUUGAAUACUUUUGGGUGCCUUAAAUAGGAUAAAAAUUGGGUGCUUUCAUUAGUAAUACUGGGUUAUUUCUUUAGAUUAGCGAAUUGUGAUUUUUUUGUAACUACUUUCAUAGUUAGGCAAGUAUAUGCUUUUUAAAAUCAAGCUAGUACAACAUGUUUUAGUUCUUCAACCGCUCAUACAACGUAAACGUUCCUCUCGUCCUGAUGAACUCCUUCAACACCGAUGACGAUACUAACAAGCUCCUUCGCAAAUACACCAACGUUGACGUCUCCGUGCACGCCUUCUGCCAGUCACGAUACCCAAGAAUCGACAAGGAAACCUACCUGCCUAUCUCGAAGGACGUCAAGGACAACGACCUCGAGUGCUGGUACCCUCCAGGUCACGGUAACUUCUACGAAGCCUUCAAGAACUCGGGUCUUCUUGACAAAUUCAUCAGUGAAGGAAAGAAGUACGUUUUCCUGUCCAACAUUGACAACUUGGGUGCGACAGUCGAUCUGAACAUCUUGAACUUUAUGCACGCCGAUCCAAGGAAGCCAGAGUUUGUGAUGGAAGUCACUGAUAAGACCCGUGCUGAUGUUAAGGGAGGUACUCUCAUCGAGUACGAAGGAAAUCCAAGAUUGUUGGAAAUUGCUCAGGUCCCGAAGGAAUACGUCGAUGAAUUUAAGAGUGUUUCCAAGUUCAGGUAUGUGUAAUAUGGAUACAUUUUCGAAAAGUGAUUGAGAUAGGGCUCUAAAAUUUUAAAGAACGGUUAAAAUCAAUUAAAAAACAGUUUAAGACAUCAAGCUUAUAAUAAAAAUUGAAUUUGAACUCAUUACCUAUUGCAUUUGCAGAAUUUUCAACACGAACAACUUGUGGGCCAACCUCGAGGCCAUCAAACGGGUCGUAGAGAACUCAGAGCUUGACAUGGAAGUGAUCGUGAACCCAAAACAUUUGGACCGCGGAUCUGAUGUCAUCCAACUCGAAACUGCUGCUGGUGCUGCCAUCAAGAACUUCCGCAACUCAUGCGGAGUCAACGUGCCCAGGUCCAGAUUCUUGCCCGUCAAAAAGACUUCUGAUUUGCUGCUUCUGAUGUCAAACUUGUACGAGAUUGAGACUGGAAAGCUGACGUUGAGCUCGUUGAGACAAUUCCAAACUACUCCAUUCGUCAAGUUGGGCAGUUCUUUCGACAAGGUGAGGACAUCACUUAUUUUCUAUGUUGCAGUAGGUGAUGGGUUAAUGUAUUGUAGUAGGUAGUCUGUGUUUUUUAAGGCAUCAUUUAAUAUAAAAGGUCAUGUAAAUGAUGUUCAAUUAUUUCAACAGGAUAUAUGAUCUCGUCAACUUAUGUCGAGGUAAAAUAAUGUUUUAGAAGGAAAUGUGACAAUUUUAGGUAAAAGACUUCUUGAACAGAUUCCAAGGCAUUCCCGACAUUUUGGAACUUGACCAUCUUACCGUGUCAGGCAAUGUGUGGUUUGGCAAAGGUGUUGUACUAAAGGUAUGUUUGUUGUGUUAUCCCUAAACACAAAUUGGCUUUAAUUUCUACAUUCAAAAUUGCAUCUUGUUUCCAGAAAUUUUUGAAUAAAAUUGAGUAUUCUUUGCAUAAUUCAAUAAAAGGAGUAUUUGAUAUUGUUAAUAUUAACAUAAUUUAUGAUUUUUCGUCUUUCAGGGCACAGUAAUCAUCAUUGCCAACGACGGAGAACGAAUCGACGUUCCCUCGGGCGCCGUGCUGGAGAACAAGAUUGUAUCGGGUAAUCUAAGAAUCGUCGACCAUUAA